AUGGCAUGCUCGUUCCUCGAUGCCGAUAUUCUCCGCCAAUUGCUAGAUUAUGAAGGUCUCACUGAGGAUAGCAGGAGGGCAAUGCAUGCUCAGAUAGCGCUGUCGGAAGAAUGGAUGAAGCAUUCCCACCCCAUCACAUUUCGCGCCGAGAUUCAACAACUAUCGUCAACGGUAACUUCAGAAGAGUCGCUAUCGCCUACCAAACUGAAGAGGAAAGCCGGAGAUGCAUUCAAAGAGAAGGAAGCCUCGUUAAGGCGCUUGGCACUACUAGUUGGAGAGCCUACGGAACUGAAGAGGGACUCCGAAGAUGAAUUUGAAGAGAAGGAAGCCCCGUCAAAGAGCUUGGCACCACUAGGUGGAGGACCUACGGAACUGAAGAGGGACUCCGAAGAUGAAUUUGAAGAGAAGGAAGCCCCGUCAAAGAGCUUGGCACCACUAGGUGGAGGUUCCGCGGUGAAACGGCGGAUUCACAACCAUCAGAACAAGGUCAAUAGAAAAGGGAGACCAGAUCGCGGCUCGCUCCCUGGAGUUUUGGUCCGUAAAGAGGGCGAUGAGGCCAUUCAAGAGCAGGGAUUCGCAAAUGCCCUAUAUGAUACUGCGGAUGACGUGAUCAAGUUCUUCCGAUCCGCCUUUCAGCAUGAGAUAAUAUUCCAAGGGUCGGAAUUGAAAUUAUCUUACCAUUAUGGAAAGGAGUUCAUGGGCGGCAUAUGGGUCCCAAGAGGGAGCUGCGUAGGCAUAGCAGCUUUCGGCGAUGGGGAUGGCUUGAUAUGGGGGCCAGGUGCUCUGUCGCCCUGCGUGGUGGCUCAUGAGUUAUGCCACGGGGUAAUCCUGGGCCAUCUCGAUUUUGCGCUCGAUUGCGAUGCCGAGACCGAGUCGGCGGCACUCUGGGAGCACCUGGCCGACGUAUUCGCAGUCAUGCAGAAGCAAUGGACGACGAAAGAUACCGAGAAUUGGCUCGUCGGCGAGAAUCUCUUUCUCCCCGGAACGAAGGUGAAGGCUCUUCGCGAUCUCCAAACUCCAGGCCAAGCCUUCGAGUUCAAGAAGUUGGACGGCAUGAUCUCUAAAGACAGAUGCGUUAAAGCGAUCACGGAUGUCAAGCCCGAGCUGAAGCUGAAUCGAUACCACCUUUCCACAAUACCGUCGCAUGCGUUCUACAAGGCCGUAAUCUUCUCCAAGAAGCCCAGCUGGGAAAUAGUAGGCGGGUAUGGUGGAAAGCGCUUUCGGGCCUGCAAGAUCAGGAUAAGGCUCUCGGUUUCGCACAAUGGGCGGACCGUACGUACCAGACUGCCAAAUCGAGCGGCAUUCGGGGAGCAGAAGCUGCGGUAA